GCUUCCUCGCGUCACCCCGGCUCCCCUUUUCUCUCAGCGGCCGCCCGGGCCCGGCCAUGGCGGACUUUGACGAGAUCUACGAAGAGGAGGAGGACGAGGAGCGGGCGCUGGAGGAGCAGCUCCUCAAGUAUUCCCCCGACCCGGUGGUGGUGCGCGGCUCCGGCCAUGUCACCGUGUUUGGACUAAGCAACAAAUUUGAAGCAGAAUUUCCUUCCUCUUUAACUGGAAAGGUUGCACCGGAAGAAUUUAAAGCCAGCAUCAGUAGAGUUAACAGUUGUCUUAAGAAGAACCUUCCAGUUAAUGUACGAUGGCUACUAUGUGGAUGCCUUUGCUGCUGCUGCACUUUAGGUUGUAGUAUGUGGCCAGUUAUCUGCCUCAGUAAAAGAACACGAAGAUCGAUUGAGAAGUUAUUAGAAUGGGAAAACAAUAGGUUAUACCACAAGCUGUGCUUGCAUUGGAGACUAAGCAAAAGGAAAUGUGAAACGAAUAACAUGAUGGAAUAUGUCAUCCUUAUAGAAUUUUUACCAAAGACACCGAUUUUUCGACCAGAUUAGUAUUUGAUUUAUUUAUAGAGACUUAUUCAAGUAUGUUGUCUUUCCAAUGGUGCCUUGCUUGGUGCUCUCCUGGUGGUAACAUAGCAUUGGUUCUACAGAAUCUUGUGGUGUUUUCAUUCUUUUUUGUUUGGUUUUUUUUUGUUUUGUUGUUGUUUUGUUGUUUUUUUUUUUUAAAUAAGAGCAUGUUCUAAGUGCAUUUGGUCAAAGUCUGCAAAGUCAUUUCACGCAAAUGUUAACUACUACUUAAGUUAUUGUUACUUUUACUACUUCUGUUUAUUAAUGUAUCUUGAUUUUCGAAGAGUCUUUUAUAUGUGUGCGCGCGCGUGUGUACAUAUAUAUAUUACUAUAAAUACACAGCUGAAAAUGGUAUAUAAGUGAGCAGGUAUUUUUUUAUCCCAAAAUGACACAACUGAUUGACUGUAUGUUGUGUAAGUCCUUUUAAUCACUCAUUUACAUGCUAAAGUACCUUCUAAGAUCUUCCUAAACUUUUGUCAGUGACUAGUCAAUUGUAAAUAUUUUUAUUUCUUUUUGGGACAUUGGCUAGUCUCUUCCAACAAAAGAAGGAGAUGAAGUUCUUUUUGAAACUGUGCUUUUUUGGAAACCAAAUGUCAUUGCAUUAGUAGAAGUCUCUGUGCUUUUCAUUAAGAAGUCCUGUCAGCUGGUUCUGAAAAACAUUCUAAUGUAAGGGUUAAAAAAAAAAUAUAAAGGCAGCAAAAUAGAAUUAUUUUACUCAGACUAGAAGAAUCACUGAGAGAAUUGCAUGCAGCUGGUUAGUGGAACUCAAGAUCACAAAAAUAUGUUAGUAUUGCAGUUUAUAAUGUAGGUGUUUUAAUUCAGGCUAAUGCCAUCUAUCAGCUUUAUUCCUACUGUUUACCAGAUCCUGUACACAGGGGUGCAGAAGGACUUGUUUUACUAAAACUUACUGUCCGAGAGGACCUUUCAGGGGUUUUUUUUUGUUUGUUUUUUUGUUUUAAAGCCACAUAAGCAGAAAAAAGUUACUGAAGAAAUCUUGAACAUUACAGUUCCAGAUGCAAAUGCAGAUGCCAUGUAUUAAAAAUAAUUAAAGCAGGGUACACUGGGCAACAGUGUAAGUUUAAAUGUGUUCAGUAAUUAUUUAUUGCACCCUUGCUUCUGCUCAUUUUGGUUUACAAAGCUUAUUUUCUGCACAAGUGUAAGACUUUUUAAACUGGAUAUAUGAUAAAUGCUUGGGUCAGGCCAGUUGUAUUUUGUUUCUUGUAGUUAUAUCUUAGUUGUACAUAUCUUCACACAUAGCUGUUGUUUUUUUUUUUUUUAAAUUGCAACUCAAUCAUACUUUUAAAUUUGCUUUAGGUAUCUGAAAUUACUGUACAUGAACAUUAAUGUAAGUUAAGAAUAUGUUCCUUGUACAGUUGCGGUAGCAAGCAAUAAUGUGAAUAUAAGAAAAAAAAAAACCAGAUAUACUCUGCUUAAUAUUUGUAUGAAUGAAAAGUUGAUACCACUACAAGAAUAAUCUUCUCUUUCUAAUCUUUUAAAUACAAGUUUUAUUUCAAGGUAAUAUAAUACAGGUACCUUGAUGCUGUGAACUAUUUUUCUAUGUCUUCAAAAUAUUUAUUCUCUGUAAAAUAUUCUUUAGUGAGUAUUAUACUCCUAAAUUGUUGAUAGUGGGAGUGGUCUAGAAAGUUUUAAGUUUUCUUAAAUCUAAGCCUUCUGUAUCCGUUCCCAAAACUCAUCCUUUGCUCAGCUUUUGUCUGUGGAUUCCUGCUGUUUAUUUUGAAAAUAGCUCAGCUAUGCUUUUCAUAGAAGCCUACAGGUGUGUUUCUUUGACUUGAUAGAAUAUGAUUUUUAAUUAACAAAUACCAGUUUCGUGCUGCCCCAGUCCUCUGGGUCCCAUAACAGUUUCUCUCCAAAGUAACUGGUUAUAGUUAAAAAAAAAUAUCAAUUUCAACCUCUUCUUUAGUACAAAUCUGGCUCUGCCCCACUCCCCCUCUCACUCAGAAGUAUUAGUUGUAAUCUCAGACCACUUUCAGGCUGCGAGGGAAGCCAGAAGCCAACAUUGAUGUCUGCUGAGAUUGUAGGGGCUGGAUGUGCAGGGGAGAGGUUGGAAUUGAACAGAAAUGAUCACUGGUGAUAAAUACUGAUGGCCAGGAAUAUAGGUUGAUUUCUUCAAGUGUCAGUUCUAAUGAAAUUAAUAUUGAAUCAUACAAGGUCUAGAUUUUACUAUCAAAAUUCUCAGUUGAUAGGUUCGUGUCACGGAUGCAGUUUCCCACCGGUGGGUCGUUAGUGUGGAGGGAUAGAUUGGAUGUGGUUUGCGCUAAUUUCGUAGCAGCACCGCAUUCAGCGCGAGCCAUUUACCUUAGUUUACUACCCAAACUUCCCACGCCACAUUCUGUGACACCACGACUACCUUGCCAGCAGCACCCAAACCUACCUACACUAGAGCUAAUUGGAGUGUGAUGUGUGCUGGAACCGGAGCACUGACUACAGCGUGGCUCAGGGGCUUCGAAAAAGUAUCUCAUUAGUGAAGCUUCCACGUAAGUGGUAGUUCUGGUUAAGAUCUUGUCUACUUUCAGGUGCAUCAGCUGUCAUCUACUUGGCUGGCAGGCAUUUCUGUAUUUUAACUAUGACUUUCUCUCCAAGAAUUCUAGUACAGGGGUCCAAAGCAGAGCUCCGAGCAAAUAAAAAGUUAAAUCUCUUAGCAAGGAGGCCAGAGUAAUUGCCUCUUAAAGCAUUUCUGAUUUUUAUUGAAACAAUGUCUCAGAUUUAAAAUGCAACCAGGAGGCUUGAAAAACUGUUUUUAUAUAUAAAAAGAUGAGUCUUGCUCAAAAGUGCUGCUCUCCUGAUGAAGUAGUACACUCGGCUAGUAAGAAUGUUAUAAAACAUUUUCAUACAAUCCCUUUCAAUUCAUUAAUUACAAUGAAAGAAAUUGAACAUGGCAGGAACUUUAAUCAACUCUUUAAUGCCUGCAGCAGUCGUCAGGAUUUUCUUUUGAUGUUGUUUCUAAAAUACUGAAUCUAUUUAUUUUGUGUGCUACUGAGAAGACAUACGUUCCCUCUUUUUUUAUCUAAUUGGCAAAGGAUGAAGUUGCAACAGUUUGAGCAGGCCAGAAACUCUAGUCAGACUUCAGGACACAGCCUACUCUUUGUUAAAAUAAAUAUUACAUUGUACUAAUCUGUUCAGCUUCUUGCAACUCAGUAAUUCCUACAAAUAAUCUUAUCUAUUUCAAAUUUUCCUCUAAUAGUAAGAGUUAGGUACCCACCUGAUAGUCAUCAUUUAACAAAUGAUGAUAAUUAUGUCUGUCUCACCUUUAGCCUGAAAAACUAAUGGUAAAUGCAUCAAUGAUUCCCUAUGAAGGCUAAUUAGUAUUUUUAGGUGUAAUGGCCUUUAACUGGCCAAUAAAGGUUUCUUUGUUACUGUAAUAUAAUCACAAUCAAUUAUUUUUAAUCUUUUUAGUUGUAGGAAGAAAUGAGUCCUGAGGGGAAAAAGACUUUCUGUCUGACCCUACAUGAAGAAUUCUGUAGAGCUCAUCUGUUGUUAAACAGCUGUGAUUUGAAGCUUAUUCUGAGAUUGGCAAACUUCUCCAGAAAUUAAAAUGUUUGUGGAGAUAGGUUACACGAAGUCAGUAAACUUUUUGUAAUAGCUCAGUAAGAAUCGUUAUAAUAAACUAUGUAUGCAAAUCCAAAAAUGUCCAUGGCAAAUCUGCAAUUUCCCAUGGUCCUCAAAACCGAGUAGAUUGUAAAAACUUUUUACAGUACUUAGGUGUAAAUUAUAAUCUCUGAAUAAAUUUGUUAAAUGAUACUUUAUUUUGGUAAAUCUCAAGGCAAUGGUGUUUAAUUGUAACACUCUCUCUCUGAGAUACAACCUUACUGAAAAGUCAGUUUUCUUUUUUUUUGUUUUUUUUCUAAAAGUCAUUAUUUAGCCCUGAAGGUUGUAGAGAACAGCUUUAAAAUGCAAUCUGUAACUGCUCAGAAGCCAGAAGGCAAAGAAAAAGAACUUGUCUUUAUUCCCUUCCCUCCACCCCCCACCCCAAAGUCUUAAUUUUAAAUCGGUCCCCUUGUUUUGGGAGCCCAAGCUUAUGGUUUUUGAGCAGCUGGCAAUAAUGCAAAUUGUCCACCAAAAAACCCCAUUUGAAUUCUGAACAAUUUAAAAAGAUCACUUUAAUUGAAGAGGCAAAAGACUUGUUAAGCAAAGAAAAUCCCUGGUUCUUUUAAGUUCUCCCAGCACUGCUGUUGAGUAAUUAAAAGAAGGAUCAUGAUGACCCUACAUUAGGUCAAAAUCCAGAUGAUUUUAUGUAAAGGAAAUGCUCAAUUAGAGAGGUCUCGGAGCCCCAAAUGUCUUGGAUUCAUAGUAGCAACUUAUUAAGGGUAAGUGGUGCUGGCUAGUUUUGUAUCCGUGACUAAAAUCAUUUAUGUUCCUCUUCAGCAACCUUGCUUAUGAAAAGAAAGCAUUUUGGAAAUAAGAUCUGUAUUCAUCACCGCUAAUUUGCUGUAAUUUCUGUGCUGCUUCUCCCUAAAGCCACAUUGCAUUUCCAUCACAAACAGCUAAGUGUAUGAUCAUUACAAUGCCUUUAAUAGCCAUAUUGUAGGUAGAAAUAUUAACUUCUCAGGGACUAAUAGGAAAUAUGAAAAUGGAGUUAAUGAGCUGAAUGCCUAUCUGCAUGAAGGCUUAUUUUGCAAAUGGCACCCUAGAAAACUUCUGAUUGUAAUAUGCAUGACCAUUAUGAAUGUUAUCAAUAUACAGCUAUGAGAGCUCCCUUUACCCUGUAUUAUUAGGCUGCUGAAUGUCAAAGUAUGUUGGAUAAGGAUAAAUGAAUUUUUUUUCUGAUUUGGAUAGAGUCGUUAUUUCUAACGGUGCUACCUUCUUAAUUCCUGUGUUUAUUCUUUGUGAAGUUCUCUCUGUAGGUUGGGUGAAUCAGGGGAUACUGGUGUAACGAGAAAACAGUAUCAUUCUUCUUAAGGAACUGGGAAAGUCUCAAUGGGAGAAGCACUCUAGAAGCAAAAACUUUCACUGCUGAAAACACCACACCUUUAAUCUUCAUUAGUUACAGAUAUCCAUUUGGGUAGUUUUGUUGGUAACGGUAUUUUACAGUUCAUUAAUUUUUGAACUUCAUCUUUUUGCACACUGGUGUUUCAGUCAGCAUGGGCUGAAUUAGAGGCUAUUUUUGAAAAAUAAAAGACUCCUUGCAUGAAACUUCCUAUGCUGACAGUUGUGCUGGUGUGUGUAUCUCCACCACAUGACACCUAGGUAACACAUCUCUUAUAAACUAAAUUUUAUUGUUUUCAUGGAAGGUAGCAUUUAAAAAAUUCUCAUACUUUAACUCAUUAAUAUUUUGUUAAAAUUUAGUUUCUUAAGAUUCAUAAAUGCUUGACUCCUCAGAAUGCAACAGACCAUUAGGAAACAUUUUCUGAGGCAAAGGAUGAAACAUAGGAAUUAGGAGAAGCAACACCCAAAAGAUUGAGAGGAUUAUGUUUGGAAUUAUUCGAGUGUGAUGGAAAAUAGGCUUGAACUAUAUAAAAUGGUAUUGAAUAAUGAAAGUUAAGUAAAAGCUAGCAAUCCAGUAAUUAUGUAGACUGUCUUGAUUUCUAUUACAUUUUUUUUUUAAACAAGUGUGUUGUUAAUUUGUUAUGGUUAUACCCUGAUUAAUAGACAAUUCUGCUGUUAUGCAGAUUUGGAGCUUAAGCUUCCUUCUAAACUCGGCAUCUCUUAGUUUAAAAUAUCCAGACCAAAACAGAAUGGCUGAGGAGAGCUCUGCAGCGAGUACAGAACAGUCUUUUCCUAAGCUGGAGCCUGUAAUGCACGGCUAAUUGUUUCCAAAGAAAAUUCUUGACUUGUCCAGGCAGCUCCUGUCAUGUGACAGUAUAUCUAAGGCCUGUGAGUGGGAUCCAGUUAGGAUAAUUUUAAUUUCAGGUAAGUAAGAUAGACUUGUUGUAAUUAGUUGUAGCUUUUACAGAGAAGGGAACCAUUGACAAAUGCUCGCUUUUGGAGGGCAGAUAGUAGAUUUUUACAGCGUUCAUUGAAACGUGCUUUCCUCCCCUCACCACCUUGUUUUUAACUUUAUCAUUGAAAGUUACUUUGCUUGUGUUGACAUCUAGUUAGCAGAAGGGUUUUUUUUUUCCUGUUACAGUGUUUUAAGUUUUAAUUUUUAAUUUUUUUUUAAAUCAUGUUUAGAUAUUUUUUUAGAAUGUCAGAUGUCCUGAUGCAAUAUAACUGAUACUUUUAGUAGCUCUGUGUUUAAACUGAUUUCAUCGUAGCAAUAGAAAUAUCUCACUCGUUCACUCUAAAUGGUUAUCUCUGAUCCUUCUGUGCUUGCAACAGGCUUUCCAGCUCGUUAGGGUACGCGGUGUGCAUGCUCGUUAAUAUUUUCAAUGAGCAGUCCGGUUCAGCGAGAUAAUAAGGAAUGCAGAGCAGUUCCUGAUCUGAAAAGUGUCACUCGGAUUCUUGUUUCCGUACAAGACUGAAUAUGGCAAAUCAGAAUACAAAACUAGUUCCAAACAUAAUUUUUAAAUAGAACAGUAAAUUACAAAACAGUGCCUAAAUGCUGUGUGCUCAAUUAGCCCUGUGUAAUUCAUGUUGCUUUAAAAGAAUUUGCAGAGAAUUGCAUCGGAUUGUGUGUGCUUAGGAAAAACCUGUUAAACGUACCAAGCAGUAAUGGUAACUAAGUCGCUGAAGGGAUGUAAUCUUUCAAGAAGGUAAACUUAAAAAAAAAAAUAAAAAUAUUUUGGACUAUGUUAUAAAUCUAUUUCAGGCAGAAAACGCGUAAGCAAUAAUUUAACCUGGAACUGGAUUUUAAGGAAGCUGCUAUUUAUAGAGAGGCCCAAUGGUCAUUUUGUCUGUUGGGCAUCUCCUUUCAUACAGAGUUUAGAAGAUAGGGUUGCUGUGAUUUCCACUAUUGUAACAUUCCUCUUCAAAUAUUUGAAGUCCGGGUGAGAGACUGAAAGCUGAGAGGCCAGUACUGUGUUCACAGGGCGCACGGCUUUGGGAGGAGAAGAUAGGAAGAAAAGGACUUUUUUUUUUAAGGCUGCACAAUUGUAUAUAUGCAUAUUUAAGAGUAUUUAAUCAUGUCUGCUAAAUUACUGAAGUUAAUCUAUUGUUGAAUUAUAGAAUAUUAUUUAAUACAUCAGCAUUGUUUUUUCCUGACCUGACCCAGAAUUGGAACGGACUCCAAUAUAAAUUUUUUUAAAGCAUUUCUUAAGUUGUAUGUAUUAUAAACUAAUAAAAUAAUUGUUAACCUAUCUA